GCAGGGAGCCCCGGCGGAGCAAGCGCUGGUCCCUAACACUGGCGCGGCUCGGGGGUGCGCCUUCACGGAGGGGACCUUUUAUCCGUUUAACAGUGGGGGCGAGGGGAGGAGUCACACUUCCGGGCCACCCUCUCAAGAACGCUCCCCAGCGUGUCGCAUCUCCUUUCCCACCUGGUUUCCUUAUUAUUACACUUAACUUCUAUCUGAAAUUCUCUCCUCUAGUUAUUGGUUUACUUGUUGACCACCCGUCCCCCAGUUUUCUAACAGGUUAGAGUUCCCAGCCCGUUGUGGUGCCUUCAGCGAACGCUCCAGUGUGUGGCCCAGCAAAGGAGGGCCUGGUCCCCCGGAUUAGGUCCUUGGACCUAGAGCGUCUCUAGGGGCCGCAUCCCCACCCACCUCCGCCCACCCUCCCCUUGAAUUUGCAUCUCUGGCAGCCACAGCCCCAGUGACUCAGUCUGGACCCUUGUUAAAGGCCCCAAGCUUGUCCCCAGGAGGCCUGGGGAAGCAGGCAGGCCCCUCUCCAGCUGCCAGCCCCUCCUGCAGGAGUCUGGGUCCCAGGGCCUCCUCCAGCUGCCCAGUCUUGAAAGCCUAAUGUGCAAUGACCUAAAAAUAAAUAUUUCUUUAAAUUCGAAAAUAUACUUCCAAUGGAUAUUUCACUGUAUGGAAGGACUAUAAUAUGAAGUACAGAUAGUCGCUAAGAGUGUGGGCGGUGAAGUAAGGAAAACGAGGGCUCUACCCUGCUCUGCCACUCAAAAGCUGUGCCAUCAUAAGCAAGUUGCUUUAUGUCUCUGGAUGUUUCCCUGCGGAGAGAUUAGUUCCUACCUCCUAGGGCAAGAGCACUAAAUAAGAAAAUGAAUGUGAGGGGCACCUGGGUGGCUCAAUCAGUUCAGAGUGGAUUCUGGCUCAGGUCAUGAUCUCACGGUUGGUGAGUUUGAGCCCUGUAUCUGGCUCCUUGCUGAUGGUAUGGAGCUUGCUUGGGAUUCUGUCUCUCUGCCCCUUCUCUGCUCACUCUCUCUCAAAAAUAAACUUAAAAAAAAAAAAAAAAAGAAAAUGAAUGUGAACUGCCUUGAGUUACAAGGCUGAGCAAGCAUACAGUAGGAGCUUACUGUUUCAUAAUAACAGUAAUAUUUUGCCAACUGUAUAGUAUUUUACAGGCUUCACAGCAACUGCCUGGGCCACAAGGAAGUUCCUGGUAGAGAGGGAUCGGGCCCCCACACCCGCCCGGGGACCACAAGUUCCCAGACCAAAGAAACUGGCUGGGGCUCCGUUAGAAGAAAGCCCCCAACCCGCUUCCCAGGCGCUGGAUUCCAGGCGUCCCACCCACACACAGGCGACACACUUCCUGGACCUCUGCCUUGCACUCUCAACACCCAGCUGUCACCUUGCCCUGGCCCCUGGAAGUCGCUCCUCUGCUUGGAAGCUGGACCACCACGUCCCUUCACACUUAGGAGCGAAGGGUACCCGAGGCCCGAGCUCCAUCAGGGGCUCUCUCGGUCCCCAAGUGGUCCUUGUGCUUUCAGGCCAGCCUGGCCCGACCUGAGGGAACUGGAUGUGCUGGGGUGGGGGUGGCAGCACUGCAGGGGCCAGGGGAUGCCCCACCGGGUUCAGCCCUGGCUCUGAGCAGCCUCCAGCUGGCCCAAGGCCCCAGGCUGCCUGGCAUUUUCCACCGGCCCAUGCCAGCACCCAGGCAGCCUGGCAGCGGCCAGGGGUACCCGCAUUCCCUUUGGCAGUAGCCUGUACCUCCUGCACGGCCCCUCCUGGUCUGUGCCUACCUCAUCCCGGGCCAAGCUUCCCUGGCACACUAUGGGGAGAGCCUUGUGUCUGGGUCUGUGUAGGGGGCCCUUAGCUAUAUGGGCUCUGAAGCAGACACCCUGGGCCUAGACUGGCAUAGGACAGAGAGCGGUGCAGUGUCUGGGGGUGACCUGGCCUGCUGCCCGCCCAACAGUGUGUGGCGUAGCAGAAUAGAGGACUGGACCCAAGGAGCCCCGCAGACUGCCCGGCAGCCAGUAAAAGGCUACGGCCCCCCCAGUGGCCUGGGAGCAGGAUUUGGGAACGGGAAUGGCCUGGGAGCCCAGCCAGGCAUUGGAGGGGGUGUGAAACCCCAGAAGUCAGGGUUUGGGAACGGAAAUGGGCUAGCAGCAGGGGACUUCCCAGGUGCGGUGGCCCAGCCAGGUUUUGGAGGUGGUGUGAAACCCCAGAAGCCAGCAUAUGGAAACGGACUGGUUGCUGGUGCCUUCCCGGGGCUUGGAGCCCAGCCAGGAGCUGUUCCCCUCAUUGGGCUGCUGCUGCCACUCCCGUGGCAAGAGCCAUGGUCUCGGGGAGGGCCUUCCCGAAUCCCAGGCCCUUCUCAGGGCAUGCUUCCUGCAAAGAACAGUUGA